CAUCUGCGCUCAGCCAACCCGCUGUCAGGCGCAGGAGCGCACAGUGUUGGCCACGUCUCCGGGCCACGUCGCGCUGCUCUCGCCAUCUUUCAGUCGGGGAAGCCGUGUUUAUAUCGCUGAAGGGAAGAAGAUCAGCACUCGAAGCGACCCAACUCAUCCACCCGAUCCAAAGAAACAUGAACAUCUUCAGACUGACGGGGGAUCUGUCCCAUUUAGCAGCCAUCAUCAUCCUCCUGCUGAAGAUCUGGAAGAGCAGGUCGUGUGCAGGGAUAUCUGGGAAGAGUCAGAUUCUCUUUGCCUUGGUGUUCACCACACGCUACCUGGACCUUCUCACCGCCUUCAUCUCCUUCUACAACUCCAUCAUGAAGGUCAUCUAUAUCGCCUGUGCCUAUGCCACGGUUUACCUGAUAUACGUCAAGUUCAAGGCCACGUAUGACGGCAACCACGACACGUUCCGGGUGGAGUUCCUGGUGGUGCCUGUCGGCGGCCUGGCGUUCCUCGUCAACCACGACUUCUCUCCUCUGGAGAUCCUGUGGACGUUUUCCAUCUAUCUGGAGUCGGUGGCCAUCCUCCCUCAGCUGUUCAUGAUCAGCAAGACGGGAGAAGCCGAGACCAUCACCACACACUACCUGUUCUUCCUCGGCCUGUACCGCGCCCUGUAUCUCAUCAACUGGAUCUGGCGCUUCUACUUCGAAGGCUUCUUCGACAUGAUCGCCAUCGUCGCCGGCGUCGUCCAGACAAUCCUCUACUGUGACUUCUUUUAUCUAUACGUAACAAAAGUGUUGAAAGGAAAGAAGCUGAGUCUCCCAGCGUAAGGGCCGAGGACAGGAGCAGCGCGUGGAGGGCCGCGGAGGACGAGAGAGAUGCCUGAGACGGAGUGCGAGAGACGUCCGGUCCUGGUCACGUCAGGUGCUCGGGACUCAAGCCCAGGCCGGACCGCGGCUUUCCGGAUUCCUGUUUUAUGCAUCUUGUCUUACCCUUUUUAUUAUUCUGUAUAAAAGAAAGUUUUCUACACGAAAGGCGUACUAUGAUUCGACCGACGGCACCAGAAGCGAGCUGACGCUGCCUCAUCGGGCAGGGACUGAUUCUUAUGAUGAAUAUUGAUUUUGUUUGUAAGCGUAUCUUCAAUCUGAUUAUUAAAUGUACAUGUUUUCAAGAAGAUUAAGGGAGUAUUUGUUGCUCCGUAAGGAUAAAAUUGAAUGGAAAAACCGCUGGAUUUCUUAAUGCAAUAAUCCUUUGUUCACGAAGGUCAGUCGUAAUCUACAGGUUCCCAAACCGCUCGUCUAAUUCGGAUCAAAUGGCACAAUCUCGAUGUUUGGAAGAUUUGUAUUUGGGAACGCCACUGUCUGGAUCCACACUGCCUUCAUCACUGUAAACGGCUUCUGAAAGAACCAAAAAAUAAACCGUACAAAUGUUCUUAAA